GCUUAUUCAAUCCAUCGAUUUGCCUUCAUUAAAAAUCCGGCCUUUGUCGUUUGGCGAUGGCGGAGCUCUCUCUCAUGGCAUCCGCCGCUUUCUCCCUAGCUCCUUUCUAUCAGGACCAGAACAGCUGCCGUUCUUCCAAGCUUGAUCGUCACGUACAGGAGGCGGAGACUUCAACCUCUAUUCGCCUGGGCCGGUCCCGUAUGGACCGGUCUAACAGUUAUUUGGCACUUCACAAAGAGAUUACAUCCUUACCAGGUUAUGGCAAUAGACGAGAUAUCUUAAAAUCAGCUUCUGUGCUGGUUGGUUCUCCACCUGUUGAAGAGAAAUUGUUUCCCAAGAACAUGUUCCCAACACAUAAACAUCCUCAAAGAUCAAUUCCAAUGUCGGAAAAACCUGUACUUAUAGACAUGCAAGAUGCUCAUCCUGAUUCGGUCCUUAGCUUUGGGAUUGCUGAACAGUGUACUAGACAUGAAAAGAUCCUGAAGUUUCUUUUCAGCGGCACCAGUGAGGAAGACAACAUAGAUACUUCAUUGUUGUCUAAUCUUAUGGGACUCAGAACUGUGGCUAUUGACAAUUAUGAUAUGUUUUCUCUUUAUGGGGUCGGAGUGCACGAUUUAGAUCAUAUUUUGCACUCAGCAAGGCACUUUCACAUUCCAAAACCUCUGCUGGAAUUUAUUUCGGAUAGUUCAAAUGUUACAAAUGUUACCGUACACCCAAACCGUCAUAUGCUGCUCUCAGGUGGCGUGUCUGAGAUCAAGGAUCUACUCUCAGUUGCUGUAGAAUUCAACAUGUUGAAGAGUUUUACAACAAGUAAUAAACAGUCAAUGGUAGUCCCCUACUUUACAAGCCCUGAAAACAUGAAGCUGAAGCCAUCACCGAAGAAGAAACAAGGCAAGAAUGCAGCAAGAGACAGAGAUCUUUACCAGACAAACUACUUCCGUGCCUGCGAGAUUCUCCUCUCAGUCGUUGUUGAUAAGAAGAAUAACAGCAUGGUUAUCCUCUCACUGAAGAAAUCAGGACCCGAAAUAACACAACUUCUCACCCAGUUCUCUGCCGGCAUUGCAGGAACUGGCCUUGCCAUUCUCUUAUCUGUUGCCUGCAAAACUGCAACUGGAAAAGUUCUGCCAAGCUCUGCCAAAGUUUUGAACACAGGACUUGGUAUUGGAUUCUUCUGGCUUUCAUGGGCUGUCAAUAGGUUGCGGGAGACUGUUUCUUAUAUGAGCAGGAGCUCAAAUAAGCUUAAACUUACAGAAGAGGAGAUAAUUGGGAGGGUCGAUGGAAGCAUAAAUGAGGUUCUCGUCAGAGCUUUAGCUUUGGUGGCGAUAGUUUUGUUAAGGUUUGCAUAGUUGAAAUUUUUUGCUCUGAAACUCCUUUCAGCAAUCAAUGGCUGAAGUCCUUGCGUUUGUGUGUAAAUUUUGCUACUAUUUGAUGUUGAUUGUAAGGACUUGAAGAGGUGAAUAAAUGUAGAUCUUGAAAUGUAUAAUUGAAGCUGUAUGUUUAGACAA